UAUUAGACGUUUAUAAGAAUUGUCAAAAAGUGUUUAAACACGUAAAAAAUUAUGAAUCACAAUAGAUUUUGGAAUUUAAUAUUUCCGAUUCUACUUUUAUUCGCGGCGAAUGAAUUUCGAAAAGCGAUUUUUAACUUUUGGGAUGCAACGCCAACAGUUACAAUCAUUGGUCUUGGUAAAAUUCGUGGGAAAUAUGUGAGACUCAAUUCGGGUGAAUCGUUGUAUAGUUUUCGGGGUAUUCGAUAUGCCCAAGCGCCAAUAAAUGAGCUGCGAUUUCAGGCACCGGUGCCAGUAAAUCCAUGGAAUGGAACAUUCAAUGCAAUUCGAGACUCACCAAAAUGCUCGCAACCAGUUAUAAGUGCAGCUGAAAUAUCAGAAGAUUGCUUGCGUUUGAAUGUGUUCACGAAAAAUGUAUCGAGUAUUGCAAAUAGGCCGGUGAUUGUCUUCAUCCAUCCAGGGGGAUUUUAUCAAUCUUCCGGGCGAAGUGAUGAAUUCGGACCGGAAUACUUAAUUCGACGUGAUAUUGUUCUGGUUACGAUUAAUUAUCGAUUGGGAAUUCUAGGAUUUUUAAGCACGGGAACUAAGGAGGCUCCCGGAAACAAUGGAUUGAAAGAUCAGAUUUUGGCAUUACGUUGGGUUAACGAUCACAUUCAAUCAUUUGGCGGUGAUCCAAAUUCAAUCACAUUAAUGGGAUAUGGCGCAGGGGCCAUAAGUGUCACGCUACAUAUGGUUUCACCCAUGUCAAAAGGUCUAUUCCACAAAGCCGUUGUAAUGAGCGGAGCUUUUACGGGACAGUGGGAUAUACCAACAAACCAAUUGACUUUGGUGAAAAAACAAGCUAGAUUAUUGAAUUGUCCCGAUCACAGCACUAUAAAUAUGUUAAAGUGUUUAAAACAGAAAAACAUAGCUGAUAUUGGCAAUAGUUUAAAGGACAUGUUCGAAUUCGGUUCGGGGAAUCCAAUUUUAUUGUGGAAGCCAGUGGUUGAACCUGAUUUUGGCCAAGAACGUUUUCUAACCGAAAAUCCGACAAAAUUAAUUGAAAGAGGCGAUUUUGCUCGUGUUCCAAUUUUGGCUGGCCUCACAAAGCUUGAACUCUUGCAAUCGGCCAUCACUGUGAUACAGAAUGAAACUCUUCGAACUGAAGUGAAUGACAAUUUUUCGAAAUGGGCACCAAUCUGUUUUUUGUAUGAACGAGAUACGCUCAAUUCACAGUAUAUUUCGGAGCAAUUAAGACAUCAUUUUUUAAAAGAACCAGUUGAGGACCAUAGAUCACUAUUGAAUUUGAACCAAUUGUUUGCGGAUGGUGCCGUCGGAUUUGCAAUGUAUCGCUUCGUUAAAUUAGCUAGUGCCUUUACACCAGUUUAUUAUUAUCAAUUUAAUCAUGCUACUCGCUACAGUCAUACGUAUCAUCCAAGUGAUAAGCCAGUUGGUGCUGUUCAUUACGAUGAUUUAUUAUAUUUAUUUGUGAAUGUGAGAAAAACGCCACUUUUUACUGAAGGUGAUCCUGAGUAUGUGACGGUUCAACGUUUAACUCGAUUCCUAUCCGAAUUUGCGGGGACUGGAAAUCCGAAUUCAAACACAGAUCGAUAUUUACAGAACCUCAUUUGGAGUCAAAUGCAUAUUGAACAGUUCAACUAUUUAGACAUCAAUGACUACCCCACAAUGAAAGAUCAUUUGAACAUUGAUCGUUAUAAAAUAUGGAGUCGACUCUUUUCUAAUAUUGACGAUAAUGGUGCUGAAAAAUUCACAGAAGAAGAUGAAAUAAUACUCUGAAAUACCCAAAUAAUAUUUUAAAUAAAUACCAAGACUUUUGUUUCUACCACUGGA